AUAGACAUCCGGAACGAGUACACUUCCUUUUCUGUUAUCCCAUUACAGACGGUUUGGUGCAACAAUUUUUGGUCGUGUCAAUCCUGACUCAUCCAACACUCAACCGUCAAUUAGUGAAUUAAAAUGCCUCCUAAAUUUGAUCCAGGAGCUACAUUUACAGUUUAUUGCAGAGCUGUUGGUGGUGAAGUUCCAGCAACCUCUUCACUUGCUCCAAAGAUUGGUCCCCUUGGUCUGUCUCCCAAAAAAGUCGGUGAUGACAUCCAAAAGGGUACAGCUGAUUGGAAAGGUCUUAAGAUAACUGUUAAACUUGUAGUCCAAAACAGACAGGCUAAAGUUGAAGUUGUGCCCAGUGCUGCUGCGUUGAUCAUAAGAGCUUUGAAAGAACCACCCCGUGACAGAAAGAAGGUUAAACAUGUCAAACACAGUGGUAAUUUGACAAUGGAUGACAUUAUUAAGAUUGCUAAACAAAUGCGAUCACGUAGUAUGGCAAAGGCAUUGGUUGGAACUGUCAAAGAAGUCCUUGGUACUGCCCAAUCUAUUGGAUGCACAAUUGACAAGUUGCCCCCACACUCUGUCAUUGAGAAAAUCAACAGUGGUGAAAUAGAAGUUCCAGAUGAAUAAAUGUUAAUGUGAAAGAAAACACA